GUUGCGGUCGCUGCUGCUGCUGAGUCGCUGCGAUGUCCGGGCGCGGGAAGCAGGGCGGCAAGGCGCGCGCCAAGGCCAAGUCGCGCUCGUCGCGGGCCGGGCUGCAGUUCCCCGUGGGCCGCGUGCACCGGCUGCUGCGCAAGGGCAACUACGCGGAGCGCGUGGGCGCCGGCGCGCCCGUGUACCUGGCGGCCGUGCUGGAGUACCUGACGGCCGAGAUCCUGGAGCUGGCGGGCAACGCGGCCCGCGACAACAAGAAGACGCGCAUCAUCCCCCGCCACCUGCAGCUCGCCAUCCGCAACGACGAGGAGCUCAACAAGCUGCUGGGCAAGGUGACCAUCGCGCAGGGCGGCGUGCUGCCCAACAUCCAGGCCGUGCUGCUGCCCAAGAAGACCGACAGCCACAAGGCUAAAGCCAAGUAAAUGCUUUGUGAGGCUUAUCUUGAAACAAAGGCUCUUUUCAGAGCCACCCACAUUCCUCAUAAAGGGUUGAGUCACUGCAGUUUUGGUUUUCUGGUGGAAAGAAACAGGAACACCGAACACCGGCAGCCUCCUAUGGUCGGUACAGAUGGACUUCCGGAUAUUUCUUUGACAGAAUCUUGGUUUUCCAGCAGCAGAAUGGGAGAGGAAGGUGAAAAUGGGAGCAUUUAUCAGCUCCGACGGGACAGAUCUUCGGACGGGGCAUCACCAGCCCCCACGGCGCCCGCUGAUGCCGCAUCCCGUCCCUCUCCAGCCCCCCUCCCCGCCACGCCCCGUGCUUGAGGGAAGGAUUCUGUGCGCGGUUUGGAAUGGCGGGAUGCACUGUGGCCCCGGAUUGACGAGCUGGCUGUGCGUUAAAACGAAGGAAUCGUA